AUGUCGCUACUCGCGAAAGUGCUCAAAGGUCCUCUCUGGGAGAAUACAUUUGCAAACUUCGUCUCCAUGUUCUCGCAGCGGCGGGAUGACAUUGAAUUUGCGCUGUCCAUCCACAUCGCUGGCAAAGUUGACGGGCUGCAUGAGAAAGUAGAUGACCUAGCACAGAUCGUCGAGCGAAAGACAGACAUGAUCUUGGAGUUCUUGAAGAACUAUAUUCCCCCAGAGCACACGGACGUGUGCAAGCAAAUAGAUCGCAGAGGGGGUCGCGAAGCUGUUCUCAAGAACGACGACGCGUUGCAGGAACUCGUAUCCGCUCGGUUAGAACCCAACUCAAGCAGACCCAGCAAUCAAGCUACCGCGCUUGCACGAAAUGCGAAACAUGAACUGGAGAGCCAGUUGAUCGAUCCCGCGUUCCAGAUUCAGAAUAAUACCCAGUCCUUCGACAGGAAAUUCGAGAUGCAGCAGAGACAGAUCCUCGAAGGACUUGCAUCAGAUAUGGAAAGAAAUGAGCAUACGAAGGGGUGGCGCGGAAGUGUCAAAGCGCGGCAUUUUGUGUUGGCGUUGAGGGACUAUGAGCAGGAGAGAAGAGAAGAGAAGAUGAGGAAAGAAGCUACAUUUCAAGUUGCACCUACUUUCGAUCCUGACGCUUGGGCUUUCGAUUGGAUUACGGUGAAACGGCUGCAGGCGAUUACGGAGGCUCUAGACGACGAUGCCUCAGGAUUCAUUACCGUGACAGAGGCCAAUAACUUUACCAGCUCAAGACCUGCGGACUGGAGCCUGCCUCAAUGGCUCGCAUACUGGGCAAUAGGCUGGCAGAUCUCAGCAACAAUCUACCGGGACAAGAUACACGAAAUCUUCGAGAAGAUGUUUACGAUGCGGCCCCACCUCCACGAGGCCAAUGUGUUGAUGGUCGACAGUUAUCUCAGCGCUAUCUGGACGGACAUCUGCGGCCUAACCACCUCUCUUGAACCCUUUUAUGCAACUCCGCAGCUGCUGGAACGAUUCCAGAGCUACAUUGACGCGGAAGAAGAACGUGUCAAGAAGAACCUCGAGGCCAUCAAAUAUCAUAUCGACGACUCGACCAGUCUUGCGCUUGUCACUGGUCCUGGGCGGAUCGAAAAGUACUUGUUCCCACUCAUUUAUCUCCUACUGAAGCACGUCUACGAUGUCUUUCGCAUAGGGCGAAAGGAAAUUGUCAAUGAUCGACACAAUGUGGAUGCCUACGAUAACCAAUGGACCAUUAACCGGGCCGUUCAUGAUCGCAUUGACGAGAUGAAAGGUGAUAGAGGGAAAUUGAUCAGAUGCGACCAGUCGCUGAUGGAUUCUUCAGCGUCUCUCACGCACCAGAGGCUAGACCUCGCACAUCACUUCGAGCAUGCUUACAGUAAAUUGUAUCAUUUAACAUACUUGCGGCUGGAAGACCCGAUUUCUACUGUGACGCGGAAGGCGAUUCAAGCAUUUCCUUACAAAGCCGUUACCUAUGACGAUACUGAAGAGGAUAAGGACGUUCCGACAGCGGAAACCGUGCUCUCAUAUGCAUAUGACCAAUCUCAGCUGUACGCAGGGGUACAAGCAAUGGAAGAUACUGCGACUGACGAGGAUCGGAAAGCCACUGGAAAACUCAAGAACAUAUACUCUAACGUCAGCAGACUUGGCCGCUGGACCUUUUACAACUACACGGACACCAAAUAUCCGUUCUCAGUCAUGUGGACCGUAUUCAUCCACACGUCGAAUGCGGAGAGCACUCAAUACGAAGCCCUCGUCUAUAUCCCAGACUCCAAAGUGGAGUUCAAGCUGGCCGGGGAUAUCGUCUCAGAGGCAGACGGCAAAGUGACAUAUCAAUUCCGCCUCAUCGUACCCUUCCAUGGGAUCUCGGUCAAGUAUGAUGGGACACUCAACGAAGACGGUAACAUGCUGUCUGGAGAAUAUAGCCUUGGUGUCCUCCGUGCAUUUUCCCUCUCGAGAAUGCCCGCGGAAGUUUUGAUUUGCCGGCCUUCGCCAAUGGAACUGCAAAGCGACAAGAUUCGAGCGCUCUGGCGUUUUGCGCUGACGGCAGUGCAAGAGCAGGUUGCGCGGCGUCGAUAUACAUGGAAGUUCCUGGCGAAACGCAGAGAUCUCCGUCAUCGAUACAUGGACUUGGCGAUACGGACACAGCUCGGGCGCCCGCUCAACGAGGCAGAAACCAAAGAAUGGCGGAAAUGCAUGGGCGCCCUGACCCCGUUAGAAGCACUCAUCUGUCACCACGUUAUGGAACUGCGCAAACGCACGAUAUGCAUCCACAAAGGGGUAUACUGCGACUCAUGCGAUGCGCACGAUCAGGAGAUAACGGGCGGGCGCAUCGUCUGCCUCACCUGCGACAAGGAUGGCGGUGAGUCUAUCGACCUGUGCGAGGACUGCAUCGGCACAGAGGUGGACUGUGCGAAGCGGCCCGAUCUGGCCGUGCCGCAUCUCUCGACACACGACUUGUACAAGCUGCGCUCGUUGGUACAUCAGCGUGAGUUCCGCUCGAUUGUAAUCAUGGCGCGUAACGCGCUGGAGAGGGCGCGGACGGCCUUCAAGGAUGCGCAGGACGUGGCGCAUGAACGGACUGAGGAGGGUGGGACGGGAGAGGCGGAGGAUCGCUUGACCAAGAUUGUUCAGGAGGACUUGACGUGCAUAAAGUGCAAGGAACGCGUCACUCAGCCAUGCUGGUACUGCAUCGUCUGCGAAGAUGCGGUCUUCGUGUGCAUGAAAUGCGAUGCCGGAGGGGGCGUAUCUGAGGGCAAGCAUGCGAAAGCACAUGGGCUUGUGCGGUGUCAAGAGGAGAUCAUUGAGAAAACGGAGGUUUCCGCGGAGGAGAAGUUGGCGUUGAUGGUCACGAACAAACUUGCACAGGUCGACGGUCGGUUCGAGGAGGUGGACACGAGGCUUUCGCGAAUAGAACAAUUACUUCAAGCAAUCGCGUUGAAGAUGGGGGCGGGACAAGACGGAUCGUCAUGA